AUGUCGUAUACAUCAAACACGUCGAGACCUCCAAACAAAAUCGAGCGUCAAGGCAUAGCAGAAGAAACGCAGUCACUCACACCAAGCAUCCUAAACACCACCAACGCCACAAAUGAAGCAAACCUAUACUCCCGACUCCUCGCCCCUAUCCCAGCCCCAACCACCACAACCAAACCAAAACUAUCCGUCCAAAACAUGGAUAGUUUCACCGCAGCACAGACAAUCCUAGACGCGAAUCCAACCGCCAAAAUUGGCGUCUUGAAUAUGGCCAGUGAAAGAAAUCCCGGUGGGGGAUGGCUUCGCGGAGCGCUGGCGCAGGAAGAAGCGUUGUGUAUGCGAAGUACAUUGGCUGCUACGCUUUACAAGCGAUUCUAUCCUCUCCCCAUCCAUGGCGCUAUCUGGUCGCCCAGGGUAGCGGUUUUCCGGGAUGAGAUUUCGUCGUGGGGGAGGGUUUAUCAGCCUGAGGAGAUAUUUUGUGUGGGUGUUGUUAGUGUGCCGGCUUUGAGACGGCCUGCUUUGACGGGGGAUAAGAGGAAAUUUGCUCGCCCGCAAGAUGUCCAAAUUCUAAAGGACAAAAUGCGACAAAUCUUCCGGAUUCUUGCAAAGCACCACAGAACGCAUUGUGUACUGGGCGCUAUGGGAUGCGGUGCAUUCCAGAACCCCCCGUCCGAGGUUGCCAGGAUCUAUAAGGAAGUUCUUGAGGAACCCGAAUGGAAUGGAGUCAAUGAAGAGAUUGUCUUCGCCGUUUUGGAUACCAGGGGCGAAUCCAAUCAUAGGAUUUUUUCAAAUGCUCUGAUACCCACUAUUUAG